AUGAAUAUUAUACUCCAGGUAGCGUACAGUGGUAGAUCAGUCGCGUGUCCGCUCCGUUUCAACAACAAAUCGUGUCAUCAAAGGAAAAUGUUCACUUGCGUGAUAGUUAGUGUCUUCACGUUACUCGUCGUGCCGAUCGCCAACGCUUCACCGGAUGGAGCACCAACGCAGGCCUGCGGGAGCAUGACACCUCAACAUGGCGAAGUCCCGCAGACUUCUACAUCGCCCUUCCAGACAGAAAUUCCAGUUGGGGCGUACGUCUUGAUGGACGAUCCUGUGCAACUGGAACUACGAGCCUCAGCCGGAACUACUUUCAAAGGCUUCCUCAUAAUGGCAUUCGAUAAGGAUGAUGAUACAAGACCCAUCGGAACUUUUAAAGAACCCGUUGAUGGCCAGUUACUUAAUUGCACUGAUGGUUUCAUGAAUGCUGUUACGCAUACCAAUAACACAGAGAAGAGCUUGGUGAAAAUCGAAUGGCAACCGCCUCUCUAUUAUAUGGGGACAGCUGUUUUCAGAACUACGUUCGUGCAAAACGCGAAGACAUAUUGGGUCAAGACGGAAUCGAUUGGCGUUUCCUUUGUGAUGGAAAUUCCGAGUUCUGCCUCACAGUCCAUCACGACGUGGACGGGCCUUAUUAUCGCCUUAUUGCUGGCCGUCUUAAUUCAAUAAGUUCUCACGCCAUACCUCGUACAUUAUGCAGUCUACUUCACGAUGCUCGCUAAUGACUGUUUUAGUUGACAUACUCUAAAACCUACAUGUGUUUAAAGACGCUUUCGAGUUAUGCUUUUAAUCUGUGAAAUACAGAAGACGAACGCUGGACGAACGUCCCGUACAAAUGAACGGAAUAUCUUAUAAUUGAAUUGACUGGACGCUUUGAUAUGAAAUGCCAG